AUGGAUCGUCGUGACAAAACGGGUUUCACAGUAAGCAACUGGAGUGAGACUUCUCCAUCCUGUCGAAAAGAGAGGAAAAAUCAGGCACGAAUAUUGGAAAACACUCUCCGAGAUUUAGAGAAACAGAAAAAAGCCCGAGAACGACAACUAAACGGGGAGUUUCAAAUGAACGCCAAAUUACUGUUUUAUAAAAUGCAGAAAAAACGGCGUAGGAGCAGCUCAAGCUCGAGCAUAGAGAAUGCGUAUGAAGAUACCUGGGCAAUACCGAGUAAUGAUGACGUGUUUUCAGCCCAAAGUGGUAUGGAAAAACGAGGACAUAUGUACGAUAAAGUCACGUUACACAAAACCAUCGCCCGGUUCAAUGCGAUUGACGCAAGUUACGUUCCCAGCGGCCGUGCAGAGUCUUCCUUUUCCAGGGCAGAUUCCCAAGGCAGUAUUCAACUAAGGCGCCAAAUAGACGUAGUUGAAAAUAAAGUGUCUUCAUUCAUGGCACUAGAUACAGAAGAAAACAACAACGACGUAUCACCAGACUUAGCUUCGCCACAAACACCGGUGCGCAUUUGCGAAUCUAUGAGCACUGCCGCCAACGACAGAAUGAAAACUGAAGUUCCCAAUUUCGUAACAGGCUGCUACACAGAACCGUCAGACACGUCCAUCGUCCCAGCACUUACUAGUAUUUCGUCCCCAAAGCUCACUCAGCCAAGAUUGGAACGGGGAAGUCGUCUAAAUAGCAGGGAGUUUUCAAGUAAAUAUUCAACGAAACUGGUGAACGAUCAAGGGAGACACUCUCCAGUCAAGGAGACGGCUGGUACAUCAAGACGCCAGCCAGCGACGCUCAGGCGCAUGUUCUCUACUCCGUUGCUGACGGCACGUAAAGAAAUUGACCUCAUAGACCAGGCGAAGACCGCUCGCUUCUGAUCUGAUUUGGUUUGAAUUGCUACGAUGGAAUUGUACUGGAUUUAAAGUUAAUUUAACUAAAAUAAUCAACACGUUCAGGCAUUAGUGCUAGCGGACACUCACUCAUGUAUACACCGUGUUAGAUCGCACACUCGAACUCUAUCUGAAUAUAAUUUAAAAUUGAUAGAGUAUAAUGUAGUUUAGGUCAAAACACGAUGAUCUAACUACACAUUUGUAUCGCUGUAGGCAAUGAUCUCACCCAGCAAACUCCGCGUUACUAUACAAUAGCUGGCUUAUUUUAUCAAACGCUGAUAACAAUUGGUGCACCCGUCACUGCGUAUAUUAGGUCCUCUAAUUCCUUUUACACUCAAAUAUAAUCAAAUGCAACUAUUAGCUCGCCUUAUGCAAAUUUUAGUUAGAUACCAGAUAAUAAAAUUUAUGUAAUUUACCAUAGUACGUCAAAUAGCAGGCUAUCAUCGGGCAGAGAUACUUACCAGUGUGCCACCGAGAACACGUCAAAACGCCAGAAAGAAUGUCAUUCGCCAACCGUUGAGGGCAGGAUACACAUCAUAUACGUAACAUUCCAUGCAGUAUACGAAUCAAAUCAUCCCUCGAAUUUUAAACACAUAUCUCAUAUAAAACCACGUUCGCAACACACACA